AUGGACAACGUUGUAUUAACAUCUGCAUCACAAAUAAGUCCAAAAUCAGGUAGUCCACUUAAUUCUCAACCUAUUCCAUCUGUAACUGUUGAAUCAAUAACAACAUCAACAAUUGAAUCACUUGUUGAAAUUCCAUUAGAAUCAGUUGAACAAACAAAUAUUGAUGGAAAUUUUCAAGCUCGAUUAGAUGUUAAUUAUCAAGCACAUGAUGUAGCUUUAGCAACAGCUAAAACAAAUGGACAUGAACAAAUAAAUGGUUUAAAAUUUGAACAACAUCAUAAAAUGGAUAUUGAUGACGGUUAUGAACAUCCAGAUAAAAUGAAAUCAUGUUGUAUAAUGCUUAACAAAUUAUUUCUUGCUUUAGCUAUAGUUUGUUUUGCAUUAUUUCUUUGUGCUAUUGCAUUUAUUGUUACCAAUCGUGGAGUAGCAUAUAGUAAUCCUAAUGUAAACAAUGUAUUUGGAAUAUCUGAUACAUAUGAUACACAAGAAUCUUUAACAUCAUCUGAUCAAUUAAUAAAUGAUACAUAUUUUAAUUUAACACAUCGAUAUACAGGUGGUAUAAUUGUUGUGUUAUCACGUCGUGGUGCAUCAAUUAAUGAUAUAUUAAUUCCAUAUACGGAUAGUAAUGGUAUAAAACAAUAUCGUUCAAUUAUUGUUAAAGGUACACGUUAUGGUUCAAUUCGUUUUGAUUUUGAUAAAGAAAAUGAUUCAAUAAAUUUGAAUAAUCAAUUACCAUUAAAUUAUCCAUUUUUAAAUUAUUAUAAUGAUGAUUGGUUAAUGUAUGGUGAUAAAAAUAACCCAUAUCAUAUUCGUUUUGUAAAUGAUUUAAUUGAAAUUAUUUAUGAAUUUUCAUCAUCAAAUAUGAAUGAAUUCAUGAUGACAACAAUUGUAUCACCAAAAUUACAUGAACAAAUUGUUGCUGAUCCAACAAAUAAUAUUUAUUUUAAUUUACGUGGUUAUGGAAAUUUAAGUACACAUUAUUUAAAUCUUAGUUCAUCAACUCCUAUUCAUAUAGAAACUACUGAACAAAUGCAAAAAAAUCAAUUAAUUGAAGGACAAUAUGUUGAUCAAUUAACAGAUGUUCAUAAUUAUUUUUAUAAACUUGAUCGAGUUGGAAUUGGAAAAAAUUUUAUUGCAACAUUGAUGGAGAAUGAAACUAAAACAAAACUAAAUAUUUUUGCUGAUCAUAGUGGUAUUACUAUAGAUCCAUUUAUUGUUGGAUCAUCCGAUCGUAAUAUAACAAUACCUGAUAUGUACGGUAUUCGUAUUAGUCCAAGACAAUCACCUGUUUUUCAAACAAUGUCGAUUUAUGGUCCGACUAUAGUUGUUUAUCCAUCUCAAGCUAUACAUACAACAUGGUGGCAAUUCGAAUAUUAA